CCGUUGUGCUAAAGGAAGUAAUGAUCGAAUACAAGGCGAUCAAGGACAAGCUGGAGCAGGGGAAAGGAAAAGGGGCGAAGGGCGCAGAGCAAGCGUACUUCGCCGACGGUGAGGGCCGCAGGGAGCGGUACUCAAGUAGGAGUCGGGGGCAAGGUCGUGGUCGUGGCGGCGGCCGUGGCCGCCGCAGCAGUCGUGGCCGUGGCGGAGGCGGUCGCUGCGGCGACGGCGGCGGUCGCGGCGGCCGCUCAGGCGGAUCCGGAGGAGUCGAGGAGAGCAAGGGAAGCAGCAGUGGAGGCGCCGAUGGCGGCGGUGGCGGGGACUAUAAGUUCCCGGGCCGGUGCUUUAGGUGUGGACAUCGUGGACAUCAAGCGAUCGGCUGCACUACCAACGAGAAGGACUUCGUGCCGUGGUGUGCGCGCUGCGAGGGGUGGGGCCACACCAAAGAAAAGUGCGCGACGGAGGAGGCCGUCCUAGCGCAAGUGGUGGAGCAUCAGAGCUACGUGGGCUCCGUGGAAGAUCAGGCGUUUUGUGCCGUGGCAGUUUCCCCAGACAAUUGCGGUACCGUUGGUGAAGUAGGUCUAGUGGGGGUUGUGGAACAAGGCCAGGCGGUGUACGUGGCCGACACAGCGGCCACGUGCUCCAUGUUCCGAUGUGCAGACAACUUCGUGAACUACCGUGAGCGUAGCGGUUGGGUGAAGGGGAUCGGAGGCGACAAGGCCCCCGUUCCUCUUCUAGGAUACGGAGAUGUGACCUUAGUCCUACAGACGGAAGAUGGUGGAGUACCCGUACCAGUACUGAAUGCUGCCCAUGUACCAGAGGCCCCCUACAACCUCCUCUCGCUGUCUUCGUUGGCGGAGGAGGGCCACACGUAUUCGGGGAUGAAGGGGGGCCUCACGCUGACCACGAAAGCCGGGGGGGAGGUGUGGUUCCCCCGGACUGGAAAGCUGCUGACCCAACGAGGCUAUCAAAUAAAGCCAACGCUACACACCGCCUGUGCCGCACUCAUUGUUCCUGGCGAUGCGAAAGCAGCCGAUCCCACUGACCUCAACGAGUACCACCUCGCGCACGGGCAUGCCCACGGGACAUUGCUCAGGAUCACGGCGGAGCAGCAGGGAGUGCAGCUGACGGAUUGACCGCUGCUACCCUGUCUUGGCUGUUCGAU